AUGAUGGAGGAAGCCCUAAGGCGUCUGAAUGGCGAGACGAUGGUGGUUCCCUCCUCCUCCUCCUCUUCUGCAGCACCGACCAAGAAGUGCCUCUCCAACGUCACGGCAACAUCCUCCUCUGCCGCCGUCAAGAGAAGCCUGAGAGACUCCUCCGCCGCCCCAAACUCCUCUGGGGUGACAAGAUACCGAGGUGUUAGGCGGCGCCCCUGGGGCCGGUACGCUGCAGAGAUACGGGACCCGCAGUCCAAGGAGCGCCGUUGGUUGGGAACUUUCGACACGGCUGAGGAGGCAGCGAUGGCCUAUGACUGCGCAGCCAGGUCCAUGCGCGGCAUCAAGGCCCGAACCAAUUUCUUAUAUCCACCCAGUCCUGAAGUCCAACCACAUCGCUUAAUGAAAAUGCUUCCAUCCAACCACGGUAACAUCACUGACUACUUUAAUGUCUUCUCACCGAGGCAGCUGUCGCCGUCGCACCUCCACGUCCCAACUGCCUGUCACGGUCACCGCACCCCUCUGCAGCCGCCGCCGGUAGCUGAGCCGGCUUCUGCCCAGAAGAACAAACUCCUACUUCGCCGUGAUUUCAUGUACCCUAACUCGUAUGGACACCUCCAGCUAGGAACCGCGGCGGCCUCUUGCUCCUCUCCGUUGGCCAGUGCCACCAUCUCUGAUGGCAAUGUUACUGAUCCACAUGGCAACUGCGGUGAAUUUCAUCCCUUCAUGAAUGCGGAUAGUACUAUGAACAUGGCUUCAUCAGAAAUAGAGUUCUUCCCGCAGUUGUCGGAGCCAUCGGACUCGGGGCUGCUGGAGGAAGUAAUCCGCCAAGGGUUUUUGCCCAAGCCCUCCUCUAAGAAGAAUAUUGAUGGAGCAGCUCCUGGAUACACAUCAGAAGAGAGUCGUCCUGCGGUUCACCAUCAUCAGUCGAGCUACGAGGUGAAAAGGGAGGCGAGAGACAAUGACGCUGGCGCCGUUCCCGGUCAUUACCACAAAAUUCGCAAUGUGCACCAAUACCUUCAAGGUUUUGAUGUCUCAGGCACUCGCGAUCAUGGCGGCAACGUUCUUUCGUCCUCGGCAAACCAGUUGCUUGUGGAGGACCAGGAAUCAAUCUUCAGUGACAUCAUUCAUUACCCGGAGAUAAUAAGAGCUUUUGCUGCUAGGGUUCAGAAUUAG